UUUAUGAACAAACUUGAGCUGGACAAGUUGACUGGAUCACUGAUCAUCAAGUGCAUCAACACUGAUCACUCUGGACUUUAUACUCUGAAGAUCAGAAGAGGCAGAGAAACCUUAUACAAAAAAAUUCAACUUUCUAUGGACGUGAAGUGUGAGGCAGUGUUUGUGGGAAAUUCUGUCCGUCUUCUCACUGGACUUACUGAAAUACAGAAAGAUGAUGAGAUGCAGUGGAUUUUUUAGAGAGAAAAAUCAGCUGACUCUCAUAGCUAAAAUCAAAGGAGGGAUCCCAAAUACAUAUGAUGGUCCUGAUGGGAUAUUCAAAGACAGUCUGGAUCUGGAAAAACAGACUGGAAAUCUGAUCAUCAAGAACUCUACAUUCAAACAUGCUGGAUGUUAUGAAGUGAAGAUCCGCAGCAGUGAAGGAGACACAAACAAGACAUUCUUUGUUAUUAUCAGAGGUGGUUUUAAUGUAUGUAAUGAAGACAUGUACAUGAUGGAGGAGCAAGAAGAGACUGUGGAGUAUGAUGAAGGGAUUGAGGGAGAUUCUGUCCAUCUUAUCACUGGUCUUACUGAAAUACCAAAAGAUGAUGAGAUGCAGUGGCUGUUUAGAGAUGAAAAUCAGCAGACAUCAACCAUAGCUACAAUCAAAGGAGAGAUCAACAAGACAUAUGAUGGUCCUGAUGGGAUAUUCAAAGACAGUCUGGAGCUGGAAAAACAGACUGGAAAUCUGAAAAUCAAGAAUUCUAAAUUCAAACAUGCUGGAUGUUAUAAACUGAAGAUCCACAGCAGUAAAGGAGACACAAACAAGAUAAAGACAUACUUUGUUAUUAUCAGAGAUGGUGAAGACCCGUAUGUGAAUGUUAAUGAAGAAGAGACUGAUGGUGACAGCCACUACGUAGAUGUUAAUGAACUGAGAAAAGACACUGGAAAGCGAGUAAAUGAAUCAAAGGAAUUAAAGCCAUUGUUGAAUGGAGAGGAUGUGGAUGUAGUGAAUGAGCAGGAGGGGACAAGCUCACUUUAAUAUCAUAAGACCCGCCCAUCAGUGUCAAUCACUCUGACAUCAUAAUUUCAGCUCCAGCUACAACACCAUAAACAUGUUUCUGCUUUUAUGAGCCUCUAAAAUCCGUCCAGUGAAAGUGAGAAAUGAAUCAGUGUGCUGAGCUGUUAAACUUGCAUGUAAAAAGCUUCCUUGGUUUUUGAUGAAUCAAGAAACAUGUUAUCAAAAAAUUUCAUGUUGUUUUAAUAAUGUUACACUUCAUACCAGUUACUUUGUUUAGCAUAGUAUUAGUUUGACUCUCUCAGUUUUGAUUUUGUGUGAUUGUAGACAACACAGCAGUGUACCAUUGUAUUUGCUUUUUUAUCAUAUAUAAUUAACACCAGUGCCAGAUUUAUGUUGAUGGUCAGCAUUGAUUGGUCUGUUUCCAAAGCUGAGAUCACAUGAUCUACAUUUGUAUUCAAGCUGAAGCACUUGAAAUAAGCCUUAUUGUACUUGUAGCAAAAAUGUUGAAGAAAAAAAAAAAAAAAAACACCUUUGUUCAGUUUUAGUAUUGGUAUGUUAUCACAUGCGUUGUGUUUAGUGUGUGUGGGUUUUUUUUUUUUAUUAAAUCUGACAAAAGCAUUUGCUUGAUGAUGAAUAUUCAAACAAAUAUUGAUAUGCCUCUGAUCUUACUAGCCGAUCUUUUCUGUCCCCUAGUGGACAAACACUGUUACAGCUUUUGCUUCCUAACUAUUUUAACAUGUAACGCAUAAACAAUGUACCUAUAUAUACACGUUUGAAUGUGAGUGAUACAAUCUUAAUAAAUAAUAUAAAGGCAAAAUUGUGUGAAGUGUGUGUUGCUUUAUACUGUAUGUACACAAUCAAACCUUAUACAGUUGAAUAAAAAUCACUAAAAAUAUUUUUUUUAAAAU